AUGUCCAACAACCUUCUGAAGCUGUUCUGUCUUGUCGAUGGAGAGGCCACCACCAACGCGUUCCCUGUCGAGAUCGAGUCAACCAAGACCAUCGGCGAUCUCAAAGACGCAAUCUUACGCAAGAAACCCAACGAUUUCCGCGAUGUUGAUGCGAACAAGCUCUCCCUCAGCCGUGUCUCCAUUCAUGACGACGGAACCAUUCACGACAAGACGGAGCUGAACAACCCUAGAGCACUCCUCUCCACGCUGUUUGCCGCGAGUCCCGACGACAACACCUACAUUAUCGUUCAGCGCCCUCCUCAAGAAGGGAUUAAGGAGGAGUUCUUUCAGCCAGGAUCUGCCACUUCAAACUUUCUUCGCCUGUUCGUGGAAGGCGAGCUCUCUCUUCCUGAGGCAGACUGCUGUGUCAAAGGCUUGCCAAAGGCAUGGCUGCGAUCAAGUUCCUUUGCCCAAAAGUCAGCUCGACCUGCUCUGUACCUACUGCACCCAACGCAACCACACCAGACGACAUCAACAACGACACCUCCAUCAGUGGCAGCUCUAGAAACGAUCAGCAACUUCCAGAACAACGACUUGAUCACUUUCUUCGGCGUGAGCGGCUGUGGGAAGACUCGAGCUGUCGUCGAAAUGCUUGCACAGACAUGGGGGUUCUAUCUGAACGGCAGUCAGGCCGAUCGAGGUUCCAAGGAUAUCACCACUUUGUUCGAAUCAGCAAAAGAAAUGCCGGCGCGAUAUUUGUCGUCAGACAGAGUACAGAAUGGUCUCAAUAUCCAGGCGAUUACGGGCUGUCUUCUCCUUGCACGCCUUCUGGUCCUACAAUACUGUCUGAGUCUCGGCCGCCAUGACACAUUUACUUGUGACCGCUGGAUGUUACUCCAAGUGUGUCCGGGAGCCUUUGAACCCGCUGUACCGGAUGUCUUUGACAGCAUUUUCCUGGCCCUACUUGAUGUCUAUCACAACCAGAUACCUGCGAUUUCUUUUCCCAACUUGAAGCGCCUAUUGCAGGCUCAAUUCCACCUGGUUCAAGGCCUGCUCUCCUCGUACGCCUCUGACUCUCCACCUAGCAAGUUUCUCGUUGUUCUCGAUGAAGCCCAGACGCUAAGCGAUCAUGGGAAGGACUGCUUCGUGUCUCGCGCGGAUUCCGGCGACUUGAGAUCAAUUCUCUCUCCUAUCAUCCACGGAUUGAGGAGCAUUUCGAAUAACACUCAGAACUACUGCGUGGUGACAUGUGGUACCGGCAUUAGUGCCGAUGAACUCGAGGUCCUGUUGAGUUUAGGCGGCAUUGGAAGCAGCUGGGAGCAGGUCAAUCGCCGAAUUGUCGACUUUCCGGGCUGGGAAACCGUGGACCAAGUGGCAACGUACAUCAACAAUCUCGGGGAUCUGAUGUGUGGGGACGACAAAGCCAGGCUUCAUACGUUGAUACCGGAAGAAGCCAUUCAAGAAUUGUUUUUCGGGCUUCGAGGUCGUUUCCGUCCAAUCGUUUCGACAAUUGAGGAGAUCAUUGCCAAAGGAUCUCCGUCAUACUGGAAGGAGGCUGUCGAACAAAGAGUCCACUCAUUAGUGUGCUAUCCUGAGCGCUUCCCAGUGCGUGGAAACCUUUGCUCUGACAUCAAGAGGAUGCUCGACAAAGUCGCCAAGGAUCCAGCCAAGUUCAAGGACGCCAUCGAUAUCAGGCACGUUCUCAGGCAGACCGUUGUCUUUCGAGCCUCGCUGGGACUUCCUUGGAGCCUGCAGGGAGAGGAGCCAAUCUUGGUCGAGAGUGCCUUCGCCCGUCUUCACAUUUCCGCUGACCAGGCUGCUACUGAGAAGACGGUCAAGACGAUUAUUGACGAACCCUUCGUGUUCCAGGCUGCCUACAACUUGAUCCAGAAAGAAGACGAAGGAUUCUACAAUUACUUCAGAGAACAGUACCGAGACUUGCAGGAUCCUCCUUCGGAAGGGAAGCUCUUUGAGCGGCAUGCACCCUUGGACUUAAUCUACGCCUUCCACAAGAAACAGCUCAAGCAGGAAUUGUUCUCGAUCCCCAAGCCCGCCGUGCACCUGAAGCCGCCCAAGAUCCCCAUCCCUACUUUUGAGCCGGUCACAUUCCCGAGGCAUUUGUUUGAGUAUCCAGCAGCGAUAGUUGGAUGGGAAGGCUAUGAGUGGGGAGCUCGGUACAAGGACGCACUGACAAUGCGCGACUUUUUGGAGGCACACUACAGGAAUGACUCGAGAAAGGACGGCUGUGUGGUACCACCAUUUUUCUACCCAGAGCUGUCUCCUUCAGGGCCCGACAUUGUCUUUGUCCUGCGAAUCAACAAUGAGCUCUACCCCGUAUUUGUCCAGACAAAGCUUCUCGACGGCAUCUAUCCAGGAGGGGUGGAGAAAGCGCGGCUAACAGUACAUGAGAGUAGAAUCAAGGAUCAUCUACCGAACCUGGCCACGUACUGCCCUGGCGGAAAGUAUCUCAGCUUGGUCUACGUCCACCCUACAAUCAAAAAGACGCUGCGAAAGGGCUGGGAUCGCGACGAGCUUUGGGACACGGAUUCUGAGAGUGGAGCUAAUCGUAGCCAUACUUCCAACGGGCCAUUGAUGCAGCUUCUCAUGAUCAUUGACGGGAGCAAUAUGCGGGAUUUUGUGCCUAGAGGAGUAGUCGAUUUGCUCGACAGUGUGAAGGGAACCAAGCGAGUCAGCGACCAGACUGGCUCGUCAGAUAGGGCGGAGAAGAAGCCCAUGUUGGAGAAGCAGUAG